AUGACGUUUUAUCGGUGGGCAUUAUUGAUAAAUAUAUUAUUUUUUCAAAUAUCAGGGAUAAAUUCCGAAACGACGGCUUAUCCAGAAAUUCCAAAACAUCUUUUGGAAUGUUACAUGAACGACGGGAUUUAUCAUAGAGAAAAUAGAUUUCCAAAUUCGUACGAAUCAUUCAUGGAUUUGUUACGUAAAAUAGAAAGAAAUCCGACGUCGCGCAACGUCAACGCGAGAGAAUUUUCUCUCGUACUAUUACACUACCUGAAACUAGACGGUAUACAAUCCAUACAAUCCCAAGGGAAAACCCCAUCCAACAUUCUACCAUUUGCACCAUCCGGAGAAGAAUAUUUCAAACAUAGGCUCACUCUAGUCGGUCUCGUACCUAAAAUCGAUCAAAAUUAUUUGAACGUCAUCAACGAGAGUCUCACUCCGAAAGAAUUGUGCAACCUUCAUUUUAUGCUUUCCUAUUCCAUCGAUCCGUACAAACGUGAAAAUGAAAGAUGUUCUCCUUUACACGAAGAAAUAAGAAUGAAAAAAAAAUAUAGGGACCCUAGUUCGGAUUGGAAUCCGUAUCAAUUCGUACAAAAUAAUAAUAAUAAUCAUCAUCAUCAUCGUUCUUCGAUAAGAAGAAAAAGAUUCGAUCGAAAUAAAAAAAACGAUGCGGAAACUUUUCAAAAUUUGCCUGUCCCACUCAACAAUCCAAAAGUAACAGAAAAAGACAAAUUUACGAUUGGAGAUCAAGAACUUCUUAGCACGAGCGAAGAUCGUCCGAGAGGAUUACAAUCCAUUGUACAAUGGCAGGGUGGUGGUGGUGGCAGGUACGGCGGAAGAACUUAUGCCACGAGAAUCAACGACGACAGUUCCGUUUAUUCAAAUUUACUUCCGGGUUUAUCACUGAGCGAUUGUCCUUCCGUCAACGGCAUCAUAACGACACCCUACGGAUCACUAUCGAUAGGAACCGUAAUAGCAGGUAUAGCUGCCGGUUUGAAUCCCGAAGACAUACCACUCAUUAAACUAAGCGUUAAUCCGGAAGAAAUGGAAACUCCGAUGGAUAGGAUAAGUAAUAUUUGGGCGACGUCACUCGCGGGUACCGUUGCCGACACGAUAUCAUCCUCAGCACUCCUAGAUCCUGACAGUUUCCAAAUACUCAAGGGGGGUUGGAACGAGAGUCUAGUUCCACGAUGGUACCUCCUUAAAAACAAUCAAUUUAAACACAUGACGGAAGUUGGACUUCGAGGAAGUUUAGACGGUAAAAACAAACCUGAUAAUUUCAUUUUUCUUUUCCUUUUCAAUUGUUCUAGAACGUUCUGGUACCUUCCAGGUCUUUUUCUGGGCGUGAGCGCUAAAGAACUAACAAACAAAUAUUCAAAUUUGAAAUUAUUCGAACUGUUGGAAAUUUAUUACGAGCACGCGUGGGGUAUUAUCGGAGCAAAAAAUAGAGUGCAAAUGAGACCUCAAUACGCUCCUGACGAAACAUUUAGAAAACAGGUAUACGCGAUGAGCGAUAACAUGGACAGAUACAACAACAAUCAGGGUAAUACCGAAUUGGAUUCGAUCGAUAUCGUUAUCAAUAUGGUGGCAGUUAUCGAUUCCAGUUGGGGUUAUGAAAAUUUAAUGAAAAUAUUCGGGGCCAUGAGAAUUGAUAAGGUUGCUGCCACUCCUUAUCAGAGCAAUUUAACAAUCGUCUGCGGUAACGAUGGAAGAAUUCUGACAAACGCGGAAAAUUUUAUCGAUUUAAAUUCAUAUUUUACAAAAGAAACGCUUUAUCAAAAUUGUUCGAGAGGUAUGAAUUAUCCAUUGAUAUUCGAUUCGCUCGAAGUUUUCUAUCGAAAAUUAUAUAAAAACGAAGAAGUUACGAAUAAGAUGAACACGGAUUCUCAAAUCGUUAUCAUUUUCCCACACGAUACCUUCUUAUCAACCGACAAUCAAGAAUUUGUCGUAUUUAAAAGCAUGGAAUUUCAACAAACUUUUCCAGACGUUCGACUUGUUGUCGCUGCAAACGGACGAACGGAAGCUUUUAAUUCACUGGUAAAAAAUCAAAAAAAUAUUUUCGCCAUCGUGCCUGCAACGGUCGAUCCGGACAUGAAAUCCGUUAAGGAUUUAAUUAUUGGAAUAAAACAAAGUUUUCAAAGGAUCAGCAAACCAAGUUGCGGGUCAUAUUUUAAUGACGUCACAAACAAUCCCAAUGCGGAAGUUCGGAUAACGAAAGAUAUUUACCCGAAUAAAAUCGUUUACUAUAGACUUUUACCGCAAUAUUAUUUCACGUCGCGAGGAUUGGUAACCGUUUCGAUACGUUCGAGACAAAGGAUUCCAUUAACGAUUUGUCAUUCGAGAGAAAUCGAACGUCCAACGGAUUUCAGAUCGAGAGGAGGACGAGGAGGAGAUGACGUACCAAGAUAUCCUGAUUAUAAUUCCCAAUACAUGCCUGAUUAUUAUUACGGUAAACAAACAUACGAAGAACAAGGACCCCAUGGACAAGAAUGCAAAACGAUAACAACCGAAGAGUAUAAAAUCGAAAUGACCGAUCCUUGUUAUUAUUCAUACACUCUAGAAGAAUGUCCGACAUUAUACAUAUCAAUACAACAACCACAACCACAACAACAACCGGAGCCGAUUCAAUCAUUAUUGCCGAAUCCAGAUUAA